AUGAUGGGGGGCUCGUCUUUCGUUUCACCAGUCAGUACCGUUUUUCGGCCGGCGGAUGCAAAUCUGGAGGCGCUCGGGGGUAGGGGCCCAGCUGCGGAGUACAAGGAGCUGCUUCAGUCGUUUUUCUCGGGAACACAAAAGUGGCUUGCCCCCCCGCCUUCGCUUUCUCCCUUUCUGCUCGCUCGAGCGGGCUUCGAGUGUACAGACACUGGAGUCAUUCAGUGUCCUUUGUGCAGGGAGAAGUGGACCUGGCGAAAGGGCCGCGUGCGGCAAGUUCCGCCGUCUAGUUGUUCCACCGAGAAGCGUGGUGAAGAAAAAAAUCGUUCUUCAGAGACGAACGGUAAAGCUUCCUCAUGCUAUGAAAGGAAGAGGUGUCGAGAGAACGGAGACGCUGAGCCAGAGAAACCACUUCGAUCUGCUUUCUCGAGUCGUGCCCGACAGGCCGAUGGGAAGGCUCGAAGGCGCGGCUCUUCGGAUGCAAUACAGGAGUCAACAGAUGAAGACGAAGACAGUGAGAUGAUAGACGCUGUCGCCCUCAGUUUCGUCCAUUCCGAAUGCUGCCCUCGGAGAGGAACCUUCAUUUCUCUCUUUGACGUCGGCCUGGCCGGCGCCGCCGUUAUGCCUCUAACUCUGGUACAGAAUGAGAGAAGCAGGCUGGAGGCGUUGUAUGAUCGUCUUGUCGAGAAGGCGAGGCAACCGUUUUUGCCGUUAAUAUCUCUCCGAAGUGCACUGGGGUACCUCAGUAGUCUCAUUCUGUCUCAAGCUGAGUGUCUGUCUGCACUGAGGAAAGGUGGAUUUCUCGACCUCGAUAGAAGUGGAACUCUCUCGCGGACGUCUGAGUCAGCAGAGCAAAUGCUCAAUUCGCCUAGAGUCCAUACCGCUCCUUUAGACCAAAACGCCGUGUUUGCCUCGGAAGCAAGCACGACACAACACAAAGAACACACUUCGCUGUCGUUGCUCUUGCAGCUGCUUAUUCUGCUUUUUCACCCCUGCUUUGCUAAUCUUUCGGUCCACACUGUAAACACGAACACGCAGGCUGCCGUUUUGACCGAGAUCAUACGUUCUGGGGAAGCGAGAGAGGAAAACGAACAGAGAAAAAAUGUACAGUUGCACCAAGAGACCGACAGUGCCGCCAUCUCUUUAGGAACAAUGCUGGGGUCAGCUUCAGCUUUUUUCCCAACGGAAAGUUGUGUAGAGAAAGCCCACAAGUUCCUCCGGUCCUUGUCGGAUUCCAAAGAAUGUGGAAAGAAACUAUCACUUGAAAAUAUUCUCAGUUGUGUGUUGGUCGAUCCGCUUAAAGUUCUCGCGCUUUUCGGCUGGGAGGUUGGUCCAAAAUCCGCAGGGAGAGAUGCGGGAUGUCGGAGCAGAAGGGGCAAACUCUGUUCAUUUAAAGACGGAGGAAGAGCUAUGGACAGCGAGGAAGGGGCGUCGGUCUCUACUUCCCUAAAAACUCCAAGGGACGGGGAGGAGGGCAAGGCUGGAGCAGAAACGCCAACAGAGCGCCUGCAGAAUUAUGCAGCAGAACAUGAGAGUGUCGUUGAGUGCCGGUACUGUUUUCGUACAGUCGAGCUGAGCCAGUUUCGACAAUAUGCUGUCCAAGAAGAAACGCGUUUUCUUAGGGACAGGCAGAAGGGGUGGAUGCACGUGUGUUCGGAAUACACGCAGUUCUACUGUCAGGCACUGGAACACACGGCAGCGACUGCGACUCUGAACCGACGAGAUGGCGAAAGUGUUUCCGGUGAAGACGAAAGAGGGAGAGGGAGAGGGAGUAGUGUUUCUUGUGACGAAGUGACAGACAUUGUACUGGGAACUUAUCUCCCAUCCCCGCGGCUUGAAGGACGGGAGCCCGGUGUGUUCGAUCCUGUGCUUGACCAUCGUCUCCAUUGCCCUUACAUAUCUGGGGCGGUCUAUGGUGGCCAGGCUGUGGUUGAGCGAGUUAUUCAUGCGCUUGUAUCUUUGCAAAUUAGUGGCUUCGAACAAGCGAGGGAGAGGGAAGAGCUCAGGAAAGAAGCCGCGCAAGCAUGGAGUUGGAGGAAAAAACUUGAGCCUCGAAAGUGA